AUGCUCCCCCGGGGCUGGCUGCACUUCUUGGUCGUCUUGCUGCGCUCAUCAAUGGCUGGAAUUCCUCACGCCACGGCCAGUCUAGUGACGGUGGCCGUCCGCGGCUUGCGCACAAUGGCACGAGGAAUACCCCUGCGUACCAGGGUCCGACUGUCCAAUGGGACACACAGCCCCCCGCCACUGCUUAGUCCCAAGAAGGAGAAGAUGCACCUCAAGGCUCGCGAGAAUGAGAAGCCAGCUUUGAGUCCUUCCUCUGAUAAGGCCAACAGUCCUUCAUGGAGUCUAACGAAGGUGAGUCAUGACGAAGAAACAGAAGAUAGCAAAAGCAUCACAAGUGGCAAGCAAGAAUCCUAUAAGCCUUUAGAGGAGAUGGAGUGGCCCACCUGCUUCCCUGCCCCGCCCAGCAGUCCGAGCAGCACGGGCUCCUCCCCCUCGCGAGAGUAUCUGCACGAGAUUUCGCCCUCGCCGCCGCCCGACUUCCGGCACGAGACCUCCCCGAUCCCCCCAGGAGACCACCGCCAUAACACAGCGACGCUCCCUCUGUCUCACCUGCGCCCUGAGUCGUCUCCACCGCACCCUCGGCCCCCUCACCCAUCGCCCUCAGGCGGCUCCUCUUCGCCAAAUGGUCUGGAACAACAGAAUUCCCCUUCACCGCCACCGAAUUUCCGUUGUGGUAUGUCACCAAGGCAUGGCGAGCCUCCUGUUGUGGUGAAGCUCGUGUCAGAAGCUCAACAGAAAGCUCAUCGCACGCCCUCGCCGAAUGGAAAUCGUAGGUAUGAGAGGCCGCCCUCACCACUUGGAGCUCGGCACUAUGACAAGCCAACAUCGCCUGCUGGAAUUCGUCGGUUCGAGAGGACGCCCUCGCCGCCCAUGGACUACCGGUGGGUGUAUGUAAACGACCUGCAACGUCAGACGUCAGUGUCGCCGCGCUCUGUCACCUCUCCUUCGUCAGGUGACCAUCGACAAUCCUCAGCAUCAUCUCCCAGCCAGGCGAGCGUCAUCAUGCUCUCCCCAGCCAAACUGCAGUACGACGCCAUUUCUCACCACGCCCCUCGCCCUGUCGUCACCUCCGCGUCCCCCAACACCUUCAGGCUUCCUAAUUCAUCCCUGUACGGCGACGUCCGGGAGCUGGUGACGCAGAGAGCCGUCACUCCGCCCUUCCCCCUCACUCUAGAUCCUGAGGUGUACGACACCCCCAGAACCCAGCCCGAGACGCCACGCACUACCUAUAGCAACCCUAGAGCCCAGGUCGAGACGCCGCGCAGUGUGUACGACAACACCCAACCACUGCUGGUGAACCGCGAGGACCACCGCGUGCGGUUUGCGUGCGAAGUUCCUGACGUGGCGAGGAGCACGGCGGUGCAAGGGAGAGACAGUGAGAACCCUCCCACGCCGCCUCCCAUUCCGGAGUUCUUUGAAAACGACGACGACGACGACGAAGACGCCGUAGCUCCGACGCCUCCGCCGUUGCCGAAAUUCUUCGACGCGGAGAGUUCGUCAUCGCUCUCGCCUCCCACGGGGGAAGAUACGGCACCCGUGUCACCGACGCAUACUGAAAUCCGGCACGACGUCUCGCCUCCUCCACAGAGCGAGGUGCAGUACACCGACGUCCAGCCCGUGUCCGAGCACAAGCAUAGAUGUCUGCUGACGCACCCGCAGUUGAGCGUCAUACAGGAGAGCCCGUCGCCGCAGUCACACUCUGACAGCACACAUGACAGCCCGUCGCCUCCACAUCAGAGACUGAAGACGCCGUCGCCGCCGUCAGAGCGCUCGGGCGCGGCGGACACUGAAGGGUCGCCCCAGUCAAGCACGGACGGCAGGGAGCCCGAGAGUCCGCCUCCGCAGCCGCACUUCCACAUCAAUACUGAGAGUCCACCUCCACAGCCGCCAUUCGACAUCCACACAGAGAGUCCGCCACCACAACCACAGCACGGCAAAGACGACGAAUCCUCCUCGUCCUCGGAGACUUCCCCGGGAGCAAUGGCUUGCAGUCCGAAGGAGGAGGAAAUGUCCUCCUCCACCUCACCGCCUCCAUCUCAGCCAACCUCCUCGACGAACGAGAAGACGAAGGAGAAAGAAAAAUCUCCUCCACCCUCAAGUGAGAAGGAGUCCUCCUCGACGUCGUCGAGUAAGAAGGACGGCUCGUCCUCCUCGACGUCGUCGAGUAAGAAGGACGGCUCGUCCUCCUCCUCUAACAAGAAGGAGGAGAGUAGGCCUACCUCCCCCGAGCUGUACUUCAGCCUCCCGGACAACUGGCCCGCCUACCCGCCCUUCCUCUUCGGCGACUCGGACUUCCCGCCGCCCUGA